AGAAGGCAGACAGUAGAGGCAGCAGUGAGCGUCCUGUCUGUACAGUAUAUAGUACAGACUCUGUAGCCUACGGUCACUGUGUCAGCUGUCAUUCUCAGGACCUGUGUAUGCUGCUGUAGCUGAGGUGCACAGGUCCUGAGUUCUGAUAGGCUGACACAGUGGCUGAUCUGUAUGUGUGUCUCGACUCCUGUCCUCCAGCCACUGCAGGGGGAUGCAGCGGGACCGGGCCCUCUUGGGAGCUUGGGCCCCUUACUGGAGUACUGGCUGUACCCCCCUGAUGGCAGUCCUGAUCACCACCACCACAGCUUUCCCACCUCUCCUAUGCUGUUGAGGCAGCAGAACUCACUCUGCACGGGCUGGAGUAAGGCCCGAUCCAGCUACCAUUGGCAGUCUUCUUCCGGGCAUCUGAAGUCAGAGCCCAUUGCGAUCUGAACUCCCACCCAUUACAUAUUUUUUUUACUAUAACCUCUCCCAUGGGAGGGAGAUAGAGUUGGCUGAAUUCCCAGAUAAAGUGCACACAGGAACAGGAAGUCUGUUCCAGUAUAUACACCACACAGGAAGUUGGGUGGAUGAAGACAACAGAACCAAUGAAUUGCAUUAAAAGUAUAAGGAAAGAAUGAACGACCACAGGAAGCAAAAUGUCAGAACGGAGGCUCAUUUGAUGGGAACAAAUGUAUUUGCGCACAAUUUUUCUACGGACCUUUGUGUGAAUUUAUCAUUGAGCGAUAUCCCCCUGUCAAAGUGAUCGAGACGUCUGUGGAAGCUGAAGUUAAAUUCGACAAAGUAUAUACAGAAGGUCUAAAUAACACCAAUUCUCCAGAUUAUUCUGACUUUGUAAAGGAGUUUAAAGCAAAGAUGGAUUCCGUCUAUAAAAAUAUCCCAGGCUAUAAGGGAGUGGAAAUACUGUCAAUUAGUCACUGUAUAAUGACUUACCAUUUUCAUAGACCUGGCAGCAUUAUUGUAGACCAUAAAGUAAUUGCGGCAGUGGAAAUUAAGAAAGAUGUAAAUGUCACGGAGGAAUGUGAGAAGAUCUUCAAAGAUGUUGGGAUGAGUCUAGAAGAGAAUAAAGACAACUGCACCGGCAAUCUGUGCAUUUCGGAGGUUCUUCAGCUCAAGCCAGAACCAGCGGUCACUUUAGUUGAUUUUUGUAGCAAAACAUUACCGGCAGGGUUCAGUGCUUUCUAUACUCCUCUGAUAACCUCAGAAGGUCUGACUUGUGUGUCCUACUGUGACCAAGAGUCCCCAAAAUAUGUGAAUUGUAACAAUGGUAUUUGUAACAUCAAGAAAGAUCAAGGACCACUUUGCUUAUGCCCAGAUAUCGAUCAGUACAUAUACACAUCUUCAGACUGUGCAGGAAGACUAUCAAAGUCAGGUGUCUAUGGAGGAAUUGGCGCGGCCAUUGUUCUUUUGGCUAUAAUGACCAUCGCUGUAAGUGUUUUCCUGUUCAGAGAACGUAAGAAGAGAAAAGCUGGAGAUCAGUAUGAUGAAAGCACAUUUAUUAGAGAAGAUGAGGAAAACAUCCAAUAUGGCUUCUCCAAUCCACCAAUCUAUUCGGAUGAAGAAGAAUAUCAUCAAUGUGUCAUUUCCCAAAACAUCGACUUUAACCCAUCUCUGGAAAAAGUAGACAUGUCAUUGAAGGUAAAAAUUAAGAGACCAGACAUUAUUUAUACAUCAAGUGGGUCACAUGUCACAUCUUAGGACAUCUAAUGUGCUGAAUGGGUGUGAAGGUUAUUAUGUGAAAUGUGAGAAGACCCCCCCCCCCCCCACAGUCUGGAUGAGGAAUAAGGAUGAGGUCGUUCUUGGACAACAACUUUGGUGAAAGUGUAUAAUACAGAACCAUAUAUACAAUAUUACUCUUGACACCAAUGGCCCAGUUCCAAGGAUGGAUUGUCCUACAUUUGGACCCUACAGCGUUUUCCGUUUCCUACAUGACCAACCAGCAGAAGACAACCUCAUCAGAAGUCAAUCACUAUUUAUAGGGGUUCAUUCUGGGGGCUGCAGAGUUCACCGUGGAUUUACUACCUUGUGGGCCCAUAGUAGUCCUGUCCAAUAUUGUUCACUUCUGCUGUUUUGGAUUGUUGGCUGUAUCAAUAAUUUUAUCUCUGAAUGGCAGGUAUCCAUAGUAUAAGCACAUUAUGAUAUUGUUGUAUAUUGUACUAUAUAUUUAUAUACUCAAAACUGUGAACCCCCAGAUGUUGCCUCUGGCUAUCUGGUCAUGCUGGGAGUUCCACAGUGUGGAGACCACUGCUCUAUAUUGUCACUAUUGUAAAUAAAUUAUUUGUUGUUCAUAUGGUUUUAU